UGAAUUGUCUUAUUCCCAAAAUGGUAGUCUUGAUGGUACGAGUUACACAGUGUCUUGUUUCUUCUAAAUUUUCGACUGUUUAUCGUUCAAUUGGGACCGUAGUUCGAUGGCAAACAGAGUAAAUGACAAACGCACGUGGAGUUUAUAGCAAAGUUCUUGUUAAAUUGUGAACAGUCGACCGAAAAUCGCCUUCAUUCAUUACUGACAGCUGGACGUUCGGAAUUACACACUUUGAUUUUGGGGUGCUAUUUGUGGAACUUUUGGUUGUUAUGGACAUACUUGGGCGAUUUUUAUCAAAUAAAAGUGUUUUAUCAUAGAUGGACGCUUCCUGCUGGCAACCACAACGACAUAUGUGUGCAUUGUUUGAUCUUUUAUGCUGUUGCAUUGUGUUAUUCAAUACACCUGUGAAAUCAUCUUUGGAUACCUUUACUCUUAUUAUAUAUAUAUAUAAGGACCAAAUUUUUUUCAAGUACCUGUGAUUGCACGUGAGAUUGAAUUUGAAAGUUUUGUAACGCUCAAUUUGAAAUUAUUUUCGUUUAUCAUAAAUUUAAAACUCCGGUAUGUACAAAACAUACCAAAAAAAGCAUGGCUGUAACUGUUUGAGUUAAAUCAAAGAUCUUGAGAUAAAAAGCUUCAGUGGUCUACAAAAUGGCGACCUUUUCGCAAUCCUCCAUUGAAAAAGGAUCUGACAUGGUCCAAGACUUAUUGUGCUCGACCUGCGAAGAGGAGAAACUAGAAGAAUCGGCUGAUUAUUAUUGUGAAUCUUGCGUUAAGUUUUACUGCGGAAAAUGUAUUCACUUGCACAGCCAGUUGUUUAAGAAACAUUCCCCUCAUGGAAGGAGUGAUAUGAAGAAAUGGCCUGUUGCCAAGAAGGUGGAAGAUUUCCUUUUUAGAUGUGAUGUUCAUAAGGAAGAAAACUUGGCAAUGUUUUGCAAAGACCAUAGCCAGCUGUGCUGCAAUAAUUGUGCUUUCCUUAAUCACAGGCGAUGCAAAACAGUGAUGCUUUUAUCGGACUUGGUAAAAAAUACCUCCACUGACCUCAAACAAGUAUCAGUUACUAUCCAAACUACUCUGGCAAAACUGAAGAAGCUUCAGGGCAAUCAGGAGGUUAACAUUCAUUCUGUGCAAAGUUCAUAUGAUGAGCAGUUACAAAAGAUACAGGAAACUCGCAGAGAAAUAAAUGCAGCCUUAGACACCAUUGAAAAGAAGACACUGCAGGAAAUGAAAGACUCACUGACCAAACUGCAAGCCUCUCUACAAAGUGAUGUCGACAAAUGUGCCACUCUUCUUGAUGAAUUAAAACAACUUGGAGAUGCUAUUCAGGACAUAAGCGAUAAAAGCAAGCAAGAACUAUUUCUUAUAGCCAGCAUUAAAUGUCAGGACAAAAUACAGCAGUUUGAAAAAUAUCAAAGGGAGAACUUUGCUCAAUUAAAAUCGUCAAUAACUUUUCAGCCUAAUAAUGAAAUUUUUCAGUACCUUUGUAAGUUGUCAGGUCUUGGGAAGAUUGAACACUAUGCCCAGACAUUGACAUUGCAGGGAAGUCCGGACCAAGUCAUAAGGAUUGAUGGGAAGUCCGAGUAUGAUGUACGCCUGCGAAAUGAUUCAAAUAAUGAGUUUUCUUGCAGUAUCAUUGACAUAUGUGUUCUCCCUAGUGGAGAGGUCCUGGUUUUAGACGACAAAAAUAAUAAUGUCAAGCUGCUAAACCAGCAUUACCAGCUGGUGAGUCACUGUAGUGUACCUGGUUUGUCAUGGGGCAUGUGUCAGAUCACACCCUGUGAGGUUGGUGUUACUGUUGGUGAUGAGGUCCAGUUUAUCAAAGUGAACAACAACCAGCUGGUGAAAGACAGAAAGCUCAAGUUUCAACAUCGCUUGUUCAGUAUUGCCUUCCACCAGGGAGACCUGUUUGUCACUUCUAGUACUGAACUUUACAACUACUCACUGAGUGGUAAACUAGUCAGCAAACUUCAUGAGGAUAACUCAAAUACAUUGACAGUCGAUUGUUGUGCAGUGAGCCCGACAGGUGACAAGUUGUAUAUCACAAACUACAUUCAGCACAAGCUCCUCACUCUGGCCAGGGAUGGAUCAGUCCUUUCAACGUUCAUGGACUAUGAAUUGGAAUGUCCUAGGGGUGUACAUGUGACACCUGCAGGCCAGGUACUGGUAUGUGGUUCCAAAACUAUCCUACAGGUUGACAGUAAGGGCAGUAGAAAGCUGGCCACUCUGGCUACAAUGAGCAAUGGGCUUCUGAACCCACGGUCAGUCUGCUACAACAGCAAUACUGACUCCAUUAUUGUGGGACAGUUUAGUAACAAAAAUAUCCUGGUGUACAAAGUGAAAUAGCUUAUCAUUCUUGUAUCUGAUUUGUGUAAUAAUAAUAAUGAUAAUAAUAAUGAUGAUACAUGUAAUAAUAAUAAUGAUACAAAUUACAUUGCUGUUAGUCAAUGAGCACUUUGGUACAGAGCAACACUUUUUUAAAUAUAUAUACAGUACAUGUGUAGGAAUAAGUGAUAUAAAUGGCAAUAGCUGUUUGUGUAAUAGUGAUAUGUUACAAUGCAAGAAUGAAUUUGAAGUGUGGAUAUUUUUCUUGAAAUAAUGUUAUCUGAAGAGUGUGAUUUAUGUGUAACAAUUGCUUGAUUUAUUCCUCUAUUUACUCUUUAAGUGGCUCUGAUAUAAUUUAGUCCAUGGAAAACUUAUCAAUUGAUAAUAUUGGUGGAACUAAUAUAGCCACAAUUUGGUCAUUAAUAGAUAGUUUUCACAUAAAAACACCUUUUAAAUGCAUUUUUUACAGGUUGUAUAAUUGUUUUCCAUCUUUUUGCGCUUGAUUUGCUUCUCAUAAUUUGUAACAUUAAGUGCCACUAGAAUGAUGAUACAUAGAGAAUAACUGGUUACUGCCCAAUUGUUUUGUCAUAUAUAAGGGGAGGCUUAAAAUAAACAAGAGAUGUGUUUGUCAGAACCACAAUACCCCCUAUUGCGCUACUUUGAUUUAUUUAUUUAUUGUUUAUCAUUUGACAGGUACAGAUAAUUACCUCCCUUUAAAGCUUAUUACUUCCCUUAGAAUUGUUUUUUUUACCUUGAAGGAUGACCUUGACCUUUCACCACUCAAAAUGUGCAGCUCCAUGAGAUACACAUGAAUGCCAAGUAUCAAGUUUCGAUCUUCAAUAUUGCAAAAGUUAUGGCAAAACUUUAACCGUACUUUAACCAAGGUUAAAGUUUUGGGACAGAAUGACAGACAGACUGGCCAAAAACAAUAUGCCCCCAAUCAUUCAAUCCGGGGGCAUAAAAAGGGCCAGGCAUGCAUAGCUAUAAUUUUCUUUGUGUGGAGCCUGAUAUAUUACAAAACAGUAAGGCAGUUAUCUGUUUUUAGCUCACCUGAGCACAACGUGCUCAUGGUGAGCUUUUGUGAUCGUCUUUUGUCCGUCGUCUGUUGUGCGACAUCAACAUUUGCCUUGUUCACUCUCUAGAGGCCACAUUUAUUGUCCAAUCUUAAUGAAAUUUGGUCAGAAGAUUGGUUUCAAUGAUAUCUUGGAUGAGUUCGAAAAUGGUUACGUUUGCUUGAAAAACAUGGCUGCCAAGGGGCGGGGCAUUUUCCUUAUAUGGCUAUGAUGUCGGUUGGUUGAAAAACAUGGCUGCGAGGGGGUGAGCAUUUUUCCUUAUAUGGCUAUAGUAAAAUCUUGUUAUCACUCUCAAGGCCACAUUUAUUUCCUGAUCUUCAUGAAACUUGCUCAGAAGAUUUGUCCAACUGAUAUCUUGGAUGAGUUCAAAAAUGGUAACCUUUGCUUUAAAAAUAUGGCUGCUAAGGGGCGGGGCAUAUUUCCUUAUAUGGCUAUAGUAAAAUCUUGUUAACACUCUAGAGGCCACGUUUAUUGUCCAACAUUCAUGAAACUUGGUCAGAAGAUUUAUCCCAAUAAUAUCUUGGAUGAGUUCAAAAAUGAUGCCGGUUGGUUGAAAAACAUGGCCGCCAGGGGGCGGGGCAUUUUUCCUUAUAUGGCUAUAGUAAAACCUUGUUAACACUCUAGAGGCCACAUUUAUUGUCCAAUCUUGAUGAAAUGUGGUUAAAAGAUUUGUCUUAAUGACAUCUUGGAUGACUUUUAAAAUGGUAACGUUUGCUUGAAAAACAUGGCCGCCAAGGGGCGGGGCAUUUUUCCUUAUAGGCUAUAGUAAAAUCUUGUUAACAUUCUAGAGGCCACAUUUAUAAUCCGAUCUUCAUGAAACUCGGUCAGAAGAUUCAUCCCAAUAAUAUCUUGGACGAGUUCAAAAAUGAUGCCGGUUGGUUGAAAAACAUGGCCACCACGGGGGCGGGGCUAUUUUCCUGAUAUGGCUAUAGUAAAAACUUUUUAACACUCUAGAAGCAAUAUUUAUUUUCCAAUCAUCAUGAAACUUGGUCAGAAGAUUUGUCCCAAUGAUAUCUUGGAUGAGUUUGAAAAUGGUUUUGGUUGCUUUAAAAACAUGGCCACCAGGGGCAUUUUUCCUUAUAUGGCUAUAGUAAAAUCUUGUCAACACUCUAGAGGCCACAUUUAUUGUCCAACCUUCAUAAAAUUUGGUCAGAAGAUUGGUUUCAAUGAUAUCUUGGAUGAAUUCGAAAUAAUUAUGUAUGCUUAAAAAAAGGCUUUUACGGGGCGGGGCAUUUUUGCUUAUACGGCUAUAGUAAAAUCUUGUUUACCCCCCUGAGGCCACAUUUGCUGUCCGAUCUUCAUGAAACUUGGUCAGAAGAUUCAUCCCGAUAAUAUCUUGGACGAUUUUUAAAAAUGAUGCCGGUUGGUUGAACAACAUGGCUGCCAGGGGGGGCGGGGCAUUUUUCCUUAUAUGGCUAUAGUAAAUCUUAUUAACACUCUAGAGGCCACAUUUAUUGUCCAACCAUCAUAAAAUUAUGUCAGAAGAUUGGUUUCAAUGAUAUCUUGGAUGAGUUCGAAAAUAAUUAUGUUUGCUUGAAAAAAUGGCUUCAACGGGGCAGUGCAUCUUUCCUUAUAUGGCUAUAGUAAAAUCUUGUUAACACUCUAGAGGCCAUAUUUAAUGUCCGAUCUUCAUGGAACUUGGUCAGAAGAUUCAUCCCGAUAAUAUCUUGGACGAUUUUCAAAAAUGAAGCUGGUUGAUUGAAAAACAUGGCUGCCAGGGGUCGGGGCUUUUUUCCAUAUGGCUUUAGUAAAACCUUGUUAACACUCUAGAGGCCACAUUUAUUUUCGGAUCUUCGUGAAACUUGGACAGAAGAUUUGUCCCAAUAAUAUCUUGUUAUCUCAGGUGACCGACUUUGGGCCUUUCAGGCCCUCUUGUUUCUGUUUAUCAUAUCUUUACAUCGCCAUGUUAAAAGAAAUAAUGACAUAUUUCGCUACAACGCUGCAUUUUUAAUGGAAAGAAAAAUGAUUUUUGAUGUUUUACUUGUUGUCAUGAGUAUUGUGUGUAAUACUUGUGAAAUAUGUGUUUUGCUGUGUUUUUUUGGUCUUUUUACGGAAGUUCCCGCUUACAUGUACCAAAUCAAGAAGCUACAGCUAGUUCAAAAUCAUGUCGCAAGAGCAGUCCUAAACGCUUCUUGUGAAGAACCACUGAUCUCCUAAAAAAGUUACAUUGGCUCCUUGUAGAGGCCAGGGUGAUGUUUAAAGUUUAAGUUGUAGUAUUUCGGGUAAUCAUUAAUAUGGUACAGCUCCAGUUUACAUGUACAUAAGAGAAUUGUUCGUACCUGCUUAAGGACAAUACAAAUUAAGGUAACACACUUACACAAAAGUCAACAUCCCUAGACGACGAACAAAACUAGCUGAGAGAUCUCUUGCCGUCUUCGGUCCGAAAUGUUGGAACAAUCUACAUGAAUAACUAAGGCUUGUCAAUCUGAAGCCAGUUUUCGAUCAAGGCUGAAAACACAUCUCUUUGGACAAUUUUACAACAGUGAGUGUACUUGAAGGAUUAGUAUGAAGUCUGCAUUUUUACUAACCAAAAUAGUAAUUGUUUGUUGAUUGUUUUCACGUUCUUGAACAUAAAAUGUAUACAAUGUAUUGUAAACUAGUUUGGGCUGAAUAUGUACAUGUAAUUGUGAAGCGCUAUAGAAUAUGUAAACAUUGUUUGCGCUAUUUAAAUGCUAUGUAUUUGUAUUUGUAUUAUUUGUACAUUUUUGUGUCAAAAGUAUAUUACAAUUUUUAUCCAA